CCCCCCUCCCUCCGGAGACGCAUGUGGACCGUGGUCCACGACUUGUCGUUGUUAUUAUUAUUAUCGGGUAGUGUGUGCGAGUGCGUACGCAAGUGAACGCUACCGAACACAAUAGGCAAUAGUAAAUUGGCGGAAUUUCUCUACUAACGAACACUUGCUUCAGUUUUUAUUUGUUUUUCCUCGUUGUUUGAUUCGUGUCAAAUUUUUACCUAUCUCGAUCUUUUUGCGUCACGUUUAACCAUCGUUAUUUGCAUGGGGUUUUCUGUUUUUUAAAUUGAGUUCUAUUUUUUACGUGUGUUAUCAACGAGGUUGCUGGCCGCUGAGUAAAAUGCACUCGACAUCGUCAUCAUAUCUACCAAAUGUCCGAGUGAUUGUAGAUAGUGCACGGAUUUCUGAAUAAUCACAGCAAAUUGCAAUGUGCAUUGCUAUUAAAUCGUGAAUUGUGACGUUUCUUCGUGUGAUUGCAUUAGUGCAUUUGAUACAUAAUGAGAAACCGAAGUAGAUUUACAAGUCAAUCUGAUCAAUCUGAUGAUCAAAUUUUCACACCAGUGGUUCACACAAGGUCUAAAUUUUCAUCCAUGCAUCAUACACGUGGAAGUAGUGAUCGUCACGAAGGAGAUGAUUCUAACAAUAUAGAAGGAACUAGAAGAAGUACUAGAAAACGAAAAUUAAAAUAUGAAAACUAUAGUGAUACUUGGAUUGUUGGUUCACAAGCACUUAAAGGUUAUCCAAAUAUGGUAAAUGAAGAAGGAGAUGUUGAACGUAGAAUUACCAGAAAUUAUAGAUUGAAACAAGUAGUAGAUGAUGAUGAAGAGGAGGACGAAGAAGAUGAUGAUGCUAAUGUUACUACUGAAGUUAAUGCAGAUAACCAAGAAAAUGAAGAAGAAGAAGUAGAAGAAGAAGGAGAAAAAGAAGAAACCAAUCAUAACUCAUCACAAAGUAAUGGUCCUAAACAUGAAGGUAAACAUGUGUCAAUUUCAACUGAAAAUAAUGAUAGUCGUCCAAGAACAAGGAGAGCUGUAGCUGAAGCUAGUGAUAAAUCUAAUGACCAAAAUGUUGAUAAUGUUGAUUUAUAUACUCGUAUAAAACGUACACGAAAUAAAAAUCAAGCUAAACCUAAUAUUGCCACGGAACAAAGCAGUGAUGAAUCCAUGAGUUCUGAAGAAUUAAAUAACUUGAAUAUUGAAGACUAUUUAACAUCUAUUAAAAAGUUAAAUGGCAAAAAAAAAAGAAGGACUAUAAGAUUAAAACAAUGUAGUAUAAGACAAUCCAAUCGACCAAGGUAUUAUAGAUACAGUUUGCGUAAAAUUAAACCUACUGUUCAAAGAUUUCAAAUACAUUCUGAAAAAAAUACAAGAGCUAUAAAAACUCCUUCAAAAAUGGUGAAUGGUCCAAGAAAACGUCGUUCUUCAUCUUCAUCUGAUUCUAGUUCUUCUGGUAUAUCUGAUAAUGAUUUAGAAACAUCUGUCAAUCAAACUCAAGUUAUUAAAAAACCCAAAGGUCACACAAGAGAUGAAAAAAAUAAAAAUAAAACCUCUCUAGAAGAUAUAAAACCAAUUGUAGUUGACAGUGGUAUUGGUUUUCAUAAUAUUGGUGGCUUACAAGAACACAUUGACUGUCUUCGAGAAAUGGUUGUUUUCCCAAUGAUUUAUAGAAAUGUUUUUGAAAUGUUUGAACAACAUCCAGCUAAAGGAGUGAUUUUCCAUGGACCACCUGGAACAGGUAAAACACUGCUUGCCAGAGCAUUAGCCAAUGAAUGUAGUAAAGGUGGACAAAAAGUAUCAUUUUUUGUACGUAAAAGUGCUGAUGUAUUAUGCAAAUGGGUUGGUGAAUCAGAAAGACAACUUAGACUUCUUUUUGAUAAGGCAAAAGAAAUGAAACCUUCUAUUAUAUUCUUUGAUGAACUUGAUGGAUUAGUACCAGUACGUUCAGGAAAACAAGAUCAAGUACAUAAUAGCAUUGUUACCACAAUGUUGGCUAUGAUGGAUGGAUUAGAAAACCGUGGUGAUGUCAUUGUUAUUGGUGCCACAAAUCGUAUUGAUUCUAUUGAUCCUGCUCUUAGGAGACCUGGUCGAUUUGAUAAAGAGCUUUAUUUUCCUCUCCCAACAGAUAAAGAAAGAUUACAAAUAUUACGUAUUGUAACUAGCAAAUGGAAAAAUAUUCCAGAAAAUGAAACAUUAAUAAAAUUAGCUGAAGAAACUGUUGGUUAUACAGGUGCUGAUUUGAAUUCUCUGUGUUCUGAAUCAGUAUUGCAGGCAUUAAAUCGUACAUAUCCACAAAUUUAUAAAACAUCAAAAAGACUACUCUUAGAUUUAGAAAAAAUUCUGGUAAAACUCGAAGAUUUUGAAAAAGCCAUGAGUAAAAUUGUACCAACUACUGAGCGCAACAUUGUACUCAAUCCUAAAAAACUUCCAAGUAUUUACCGUCCAUUAUAUGAAAAUGUUCUGAGUGAUUUUAUAUCCUAUAUAAGUAAAAUCUUUCCAGAACUCAAAUCUCAAUCAAAUCAAAGACUGAGAGUAGCAAAAGCUCCUCGCCUUCUGGUUCACAGUUUAUCGGAUUCAAAAAAUGUUUUGGUUGUUCCAGCGCUUCUACAGCAUUUUGAAAAUUGUUAUAGACAUACAUUAAGCUGUACAACAUUACAUAGCAAUUCAGUAUAUUCUCCCGAAGAAGCUAUUGUACAAAUUUUUAAAGAACUUCCUAAACAUCUUCCUGCAAUUUUAUUUAUUCCAAAUAUCGGUGAAUUUUGGUCCAGUUUAACAUAUUCUUUACAAAAAUUGUUCUUAGAAUUAUUGGAAUCAUUAGAUAUUACUCUUCCUGUGUUCAUAUUUGCAACAUCAUCUUAUGAUUUCAAAGAUUUGCCAAAAGAAAUAUCAUACAUAUUUUCUGGUGAUAAAAGAAAAUAUACUAUUCCCAAUCCAUCAUUAAAGGCUGUAGAAUCGUUAUUCUAUCUAUUACUUGAUAAAGCCCUUACACCACCUAUUGUAAUUAAUGAACAAUCAUUAGAAGAAUUACCUAUAGCUCCUUUACCUAGUCCUCCAAAAUUAAGUGAAUCCGAAUUAAAAAAUAUUAUUUGUCAAGAAGAAAAUACAUUAAGAGAACUUAGAAUAUUUUUACGAGACAUUUGUGCCAAACUUGCUCGCAAUAAACAAUUUUUCAUGUUUACAAAGCCAGUUGACAUAGAAGAAGUACCUGAUUAUUUAGAUAUUAUCAAGGAACCUAUGGACUUAGAAACUCUUAUGAGUAAAAUUGAUAAACAUAGUUACAUUUGUGCCAGAGACUUUUUAGAUGAUAUUGAUCUUAUUGUAAGAAAUGCAUUGGAAUAUAACCCAGAUAAAAGUGCAGAAGAUAAACAUAUUAGACAUAGAGCUUGUUCUUUAAGAGAUAAAGCAUAUGCUUUUAUCAAAGCAGAAAUGGACUCUGAUUUUGAAGAUACUUGUCGAGAUAUCAGAGAUAAACGCAAAAAGCGUAAUGCUACUGAGAUUGAACAAACUUGUGUUCCUGAUUUCGUACAUACAAUAAAAAAAGAACAUCAGAUGGUAGAUAAAGAUGAUCAUAAUGAAGAUAAUAACAGUAGGAAGAAAAAACGUCGUAAUAUGUGGCAAAAAGGUUUAACCCCUAAAAAGAAAAAAUACUCUAAACAUUUCAAGGAUCAUGAUGACAAUACAGUUAAUGAGAAUACUAGUAAUCACACAGUUAAUGGAAUUGAAAGUCUUAACGGAGCUGAUGAAAGUAGUAAUGAUAGCAAUCAUUCUUUGGUGUGGGUAGACCGGUCAACUUCACCCAGUCCUACUCCUAAUGAAAGUAACCAAUUAGAGUUAUCAUUACCAGUCGUUACCAAACAAGAACUUAAAAUUGAUAAAAACCUAUUUAGUGCAUUCAUAUGUAAAGAUAUUAUGACAUUUUGGGAAGAAAUAGACAAUUAUAAUAUUGAUGAUGGAAUUAUUGAUUUGUUUUCAUUACUCGAUAAUAAAAUUAGUCAAUAUUUACAAAUAUGGGAUCGAUCCACCCUAGUUACGGAGUUAAAGGCAGAAUUUGAAGAAUUUAAACUUCAAUACAUUAAAGAUCUUGAAGAAAAGAAUUCAUAAAUAUAUUUUACAUCUUUCUGUACCAAACUGCCAAAGACAUUUUUAGUUGAACAUCUUAUUACAUGGUAAAUUAUGGUAAAUAAGUAUAUAUUUGAACUGUAUUAAUUUUUUGUUGGUCCUGAAUCAGUUUUAUACUGCCAUUUUAUUUUUAAUUUAUCUGAUUAUUAUUAUUUUUAUUUUUUUUAUUGAAAUAUUAAAUUUCAUGUUUCCAUAAAUAUAAGCUUGUAACUAAAAUGUUGUUGUAAUCUU